ACGUUGCCUGUGGCUCCCUGCGAGCCAACGGCUAGCGCUGCCGGAGAUUUGACUGAGAGCGUCGGCUUGGUGAGCACUGUGGGCUUGGCUGACACUUUUCCUUUGACAGUAUUUUUCCUUCCUCCAUUUCCUGUGGGAUUUUAGAAAGGAAGCCGUCUCCUUAGGGCUGUACUCCUUAGUCCAGGGACUAUCAGUAAUCUACGUGGGAAGGACUAGUCCGAGUGCCCAAGACCGCGGGCACGAUGAGAGGACAUGGAUGGUCGGAAAGAGCUGCGUAAGGUCAGGCAAGAGGGAUGCUGUGGAAACUAGUGCUCCGCGGUGCUACCUCUGCUUCUGCUCUGUCAGGUGGGCUCACCCGGGAUGGACUCAGUAUCCCUGUAUAAUGGAUUCUGAAUUAAUGCAUAGUAUAGUAGGAAACUAUCUUAACCCCCCAGAAAGAGUGUUCGUUCCAUCAUUCACCCAGAGUAAUGAAUCAUCUCAAACUCACUACUCUGUGAACUUAGAAGUUACCUCUCCUAAAAUGCUUCGGAGUCCAAAUAACCAAGCUCUUAUUUUAGCCUUAAAAACUCUUCAGGAAAAGAUUUAUCGUUUAGAGUUAGAGAGAACACAAGCUGAAGAUAAUCUAAACAUUCUUUCCAGAGAAGCAGCACAGUAUAAAAAGGCCUUGGAGAAUGAAACAAGUGAGAGAAAUCUGGCACAUGAGGAACUGAUAAAGCAGAAAAAGGAUAUAAGUAUGCAGUUAAGUUCAGCACAGUCUCGCUGUACCCUUCUAGAGAAGCAACUAGAAUAUACAAAGAGAAUGGUUCUUAAUGUAGAGCGAGAGAAGGAUAUGAUCCUAGAACAACAGGCCCAGCUUCAAAGGGAAAAAGAACAGGAUCAUAUGAAGCUGCAAGCAAAACUUGAAAAGCUUGAUGUUUUAGAAAAAGAAUGUUUUAAACUUACAACAACUCAGAAAACUGCUGAGGACAAAAUUAAACAUUUAGAGGAAAAACUAAAGGAAGAAGAGCAUCAGCGUAAGCUCUUUCAAGACAAAGCAUCUCAGCUUCAAACUGGACUUGCAAUCAAUAGAAUUUUAAUGGCUUCAGUGUCAAAUCCAAAGUGCUCCAAGGAAAAGAAGAAAUCUUCAAAGAAAACUAAAUGUUUAAAGAGAGGACCACCUCAGCAAAUUUAUUCCAAGUUUGGAUCACUGCCUGUUGUGGCUGAGAAGUCUGCCAGUGCAAGCCAUUCUGUGAAUGCAAGUACACAGAACCUCCUGCAGACUAUGCAACAUUAUGGGCCACAUAUCCUUCAGAAACCAGCUAAAGUUAUUGAACCUAGGUAUCUGUACAAGCCUUCUAGAACAACUUCUCAAUGUAAGGCUGUACCUUCUGACUCAGAAAAGUCCAUUUCCAUUUGUGACAAUUUGUCUGAACUUUUGAUGGCAAUGCAAGAUGAGCUGGACCAAAUGAGUAUAGAGUACCAAGAACUACUGAGUCAAAUGAAAGAAACUGAAAGCCAGUCAGUCUGUGAAGACAUAGAAUGUGAACUAGAGCAUUUAGUCAAGAAAAUGGAAAUUAAAGGAGAACGAAUUUCCAAACUAAUGAAGCAUCAAGAUAGUGUUCGUAAACUUCAGCAAAAAGUUCAAAGUUCAAAGAUGAGUGAAGCUUCAGCUAUUCAGCAACAAGAUAGCAACCUGAAAGGAUCAAAGAACAUUAAAAAUAGCCCUAGAAAAUGUUUACUAACUAAUUCUCUUCAAAAGAACAGCAGCUUUCAUCCAAUACGAGUCCAUAACCUUCAAAUGAAAUUGAGAAGAGAUGAUAUCUUGUGGGAACAGUAACACAGUAGCAAAACUAUCACCUUAAAUGAACUCUGUCAUUGAGAUCCUGAACUGUCUAAAGUGCUUUUAAUUCAAUAUACCUUUAUGAAAUUUUGAAUUAUGUUUCUAGCCUUUAUAAAUUGUAGUAUUUUUUAAAUUAAUGCCUGAUGACCUCCGAAGAGUCCCAAAUAAUAAAUGAUUGCUUU